CUGCGCAACCGAACCGACAGGAUGCGGCGGUCCAGUGCUUCAAGUACUACUUGCUUCGGACCGCCCACCUGGGAUGGCAUGGGCGGGGGGUUCCCUCUGCCCGCAUCAAUCAAUCUCAUCACUCUCCACCGCCGUCACCAACUUGCACCCAGUCCAGACACUUGCAUGAUGAAGAAGCGCCGUCUACCAAUAACCCGCAAGCCUUGCCCGCAAGAAGAAGGCGCCGAACAGGGCCAGCAGAGAUUGGGUGUAUUGGUCCUUUGUUACCACAAACGGGCCACUAUCGCCUCUGGGGCUUAACAGUUCGGGGCCGGAUUGGGCGGCUCACGAUCAAGGCCCUCUCUCUGCCUUGGCGUGAUCCACGAACGAACGAACGGCUUCUUCCCAUCGUUUCUUCAGCCCAAUGGCCGCCGGCGCCUCGCCACACCCUCCCCUCUUUUUUUCCCUCCCACGCUAUACCUGUUCCUGAACAUCACAUCGAGGAGGAUUCGACAAGCCCACAAGCAGUGCCACUUUCUCCUCACGGUUCGCUUCCCAUAUCGUUCGCCGUUGCGUGCGCGGGCUGGGGCCACGAGGGGUGAGAGGGGGGCCGCCUUCGUCAAAUCUCAUCGUCAGGGCGGCGGCCCGGCGCUGUGAGCAUGGGGGGGAGCCCUUUUGCCUGUUGUUCCUCUUGGCGCGUGCCUGCGUACGUAGUAGUAGUAGCACGUCGUAGUGUUGGGUCACCACGAUGUCUGGCCGCCGUAGCUCGGCGGCCCCAGUUGAGGAAGUCUCCGAGUCUACGAGUAGUACGUAGUAUAGAGUAGUAGGAGUAGUAGUGCGGCGUGGGUAGGGUACUUGGUCGAGCCUAGCAGAGCCGCAUUGCACGAGAGAUUUGUCUGUGAGUGCUGCUGGAGUGCGUGGCGUCUCCCGUCAAAACCGGAGGCGCUCCUCCUCCGGCUGAGGCCUCUUCUCCCCCCUUCUGCCCAUCAACUCUACCUCUGUGUGCCCGUCUCAGAGCAAGAAAAAAACGGCUUGGUACUUUGGCCGUUUUGCAAACGUUUGUUUGCGUCCUCUCGUUGAUCUCAGCAUCAUCACCAUCACACUCCUUACACCCGGCUUCGGCCAACUUACAAUCCCUUGUUCUUUUUUUUAACGCAAGACAUACUUUUUGUUGAUCCGACACCAUGUCUCUCUCUCUUGGUGGCGCAUUUGCCGCGGGCGUUGGCAGCUAUGGCGCCCUCAACGGCUACUGGGGCCAACACAACAACCAGAACCUCAAGGCGUACUGUGACACUGGCAUCCAGUACGCCACGAUCGGCUUCGUCAACCUGGCUCCGGAGCACGACCCCAGUGACGCCGACUACCCCGGCAUCAACUUCUCGUCGCACUGCUGGGCCGACGCCUACGCGGACGACAACGGCAAGCCCUCCAAGCUCCUCAGCCACUGCGAGCCCCUGAGGCAGGACAUCACCUACUGCCAGUCCAAGGGCGUCAAGGUCAUCCUGAGCAUCGGCGGCGUGUACAGCGCCGACAAGAACAACUACGACGUCUCGACCACCGCGAAUGGCGAAUACUUUGCCGACUUCCUGUACAAGGCCUUUGGCCCGUACAACCCGGCCAACGACGUCCCCCGUCCCUUUGACUACGCUGGUGAGCACGUCGCGGUGGACGGGUUUGACUUUGAUCUCGAGAACCCCAACAACACCAACAUGAAGCCGUACAUCGCCAUGGCCAACAAGUUUCGCGCUCUGGACAAGUCUCUCAUCCUCACCGCCGCCCCCCAGUGCCCCCUGAGCGCCGGCAUGCAGCACAUGAAGGAGCUCCUCCAGAGCGCCGCCCUCGAUGCCCUCUUCAUCCAGUUCUACAACAACCCGGUCUGCGACUACAUCCCCGGCAACGAUGGCUUCGGCGAAAAGUUCAACCUUGACGACUGGGUGACCUUCAUGGCCAGCACCCAGAACAGCAAGAACGCCAAGCUCUUCGUCGGCCUGCCCGCCGGCCCGACUCGCGACUCGGCUAACACUGGCUACAUCACCCCUGACAAGGUCAAGGAGCUGGUGUGCAAGUACAGCACCAAGACCAAGAACUGGGGUGGCAUCUCGCUGUGGGACCUGGACACCGGCGCUGCCAACGUGGUCAACGGCAAGACGUUCAACCAGCACGUCCUCGACGCCCUCAAGUAUGGUUGCUCGCCCGUCCCCACGACCACCAGCACCACCGUUUCGUCCACCAAGACGUCGUCUACCAAGACCUCGUCGUCCACCACGACCUCGUCGACUACCACGACCGCGUCGUCCACCACCACGACCUCGUCGUCCACCACCAAGACCAGCUCGACGACUGUUAGCAGCACGACCACGGCCAGCUCCUCCACGACGGCGAGCAGCACCUCCAAGACUAGCUCCACCACCCCUAGCUCGACCGUGAGCAGCACCAGCAGCAGCAGCACUACCCAGGCCAGCUCGACUUCUGCCAGCAGCACCUCUGAGGCCAGCUCCACCACGCCCAGCUCGACCGCCAGCAGCACCACCAAGGCCAGCUCCUCGACGACCGAGAGCAGCACCUCCCAGGCCAGCAGCUCGAGCACCGUGAGCACCACCCAGGAGUCCUCGUCCAGCAGCACCUCUGCCACGGACGUGUCUAGCACCGCCAAGCCCACCGUCACUUCCACCACCACGGACGUCAGCGUCACUCCCCCCGUCACGACCUCCUCGACGACCCCGGUGACCAGCAUCGCCUCCAGCACGUCCAAGUGGUCCAACUCGACCAUCACCUCCCACAGCGCGUCCAUGACCACGAGCACCGUCUACACCACCACGGUCCACACCGUCACCAAGUGCCCUCCCUACGUUACCGACUGCCCCCUCGGCCACGUCACCACGGAGACGAUCCCCAUCUACACCACCGUCUGCCCCGUCACGGAGACUCAGGGCCCCAAGCCCCCCAAGCCGACUCACACCAAGCCGUCGUCGUCGUCUGCUGCCUGGACCACGAGCACCGUCUACACCACCAAGGUCCACACCGUGACCGCCUGCCCGCCCCAGGUCACCAACUGCCCCGUCGGCCACGUCACCACCGAGACCGUCCCGUUGUACACCACCGUCUGCCCCGUCACGGAGACGGAGACGGGCAAGGUCCCGCAGCCCACGCCCAGCGUCCCCGGCGGCAACCCCGUCAACCCCGUCAACCCACCCAAGGCCACCACCACGACCGGGGCGACGUCCACGCUCACCAAGACCGUCACCGUCCCCGGCGGCACCAAGACCCUGCAGACCCUCACCCGGCCCACCGCCGUCAAGCCCGCGCCUAGCUGCGCCGGCACCGGCUGCCCUGGCGUGUCGUCCGGCGUGGCCGUGCCCACGCAGAGCUGGACCGCGACCCCUGUCGUCCCUGGCUCGUCCGCCGUGCCCAGCAGCCCCGUCCAGGCCGGCGCUUCCACGCUGGCCCUUGGCCUCAGCGGCCUGGUCGCCAUGGUCGCCUUCCAGGUGUUCGCUCUGUAAGGUUGUGGGACUCUACUUUGCAAUUCUAUGUCUUAUACUCUGAACAAUGAUUGACGGGAGUGAGCUCACGCCGGCUCUACGUAUGGCGGCGCGGCCUCCCGCCGAAUUUAACUUCUAUUUUUCAUGACGAAUUUAUGGUCUUUUGCGUUACUUAGACGGAGGGCGCGUAUCAUGGAAAGUCCUUGUGAAACAUACGGUCAAUUUGAAUACCUUAUACCAAGUAUCUUCUCCUUUCGCCUUUGUCCCUCUUGAGGUAUACAAUCCAUCGCUGUACAGUAUACGUGGCUCUUGAUUGGGCCGGCCGGUGCCUCAACCGCUGAGCCAAACGGGUGAAGGACGACAUGGGAUAAGUCGGCAUCUCCUUCUCCAGUCACUUUGCCGCUGAGAUGGACAAAGCGAUGCGGCGGCAAGGGGGAAGACGCCGGGAUCCCGGCAAUAGCCUACGGGGCAAACCAUCAUUCGAUGUUUGUGCCGGACAUGCCGUCCGGCGGGAAAUUGGGCGGGAGAGUUGUGCCAAAAUGCUAGCCAACUAGCUUACACCGUGCUUACACACCAUUACCCUGCGGCGGCUUAUGGGAUAUUCUUUAGUUUCUUAUGCCCUGAUCGGCAACUUCGACGCGUGUGCAAUUGCGGAGCCCGAAAUGCAUUUUAUCGCGUUGCUAUUCCCCUUCGGGCAGCAAUUGAGCCACCAACUGAUAGGGAUGCUAGAGAAUUCGAGUUAUGCACGAAUCUCAAU